CGGGCGGAGCGUUUGGUUCUGCAUCGUGGGAGAAGCCGCAAGCGCCGGAGGCGACGCAGAGCGCGGCAGCCAGACGCGUGGAGGCAUCCGGCCGGCUGGUGUUUAAGUGUCUUAGCCAGUUACCAUGGUGGGUGAAGACAAUAUCUCUGUAAGGAAUCGCCGAUCUCCUUAUGGCUCUGCGGAGGACAAAGAUGACUUGUCAACCAGGCUUGAAGGAGACUGGUCAUUCUCAAAGUCCAGCAAUGGUCAAGUUGAUGUUGACCGUGCAGUAAAGAGGAAGAUGCAGCUCACAGUGGAAGCUGAGCGGUUGAAGCCAGCUUUCAUGAAGGGGGUCGACAGCCACUUCUCGGAAUUUGUAAACAGCUUGAUUGCAAAGUCUGCGCUGCUGGAGCCUUCGCCAUCGGCCUUCCCAGAGGCUCAUUCAGAGAAAGACGGCUUCAAGACCAAAGAAUCAAGAGCACCUCCAGAACAUGGGAAAGUUUUUAUUGCUAGGAAGUCCGUCUUGGAUGAGCUAUUUGAAGUGGAUCACAUCCGGACCAUCUAUCACAUGUUCAUUGCCCUCCUCAUCUUGUUCAUUCUCAGCACACUUGUGGUAGACUUCAUUGAUGAAGGAAGGCUGGUGUUGGAAUUUGACCUCUUCGUCUACUCCUUUGGGAAAUUUUCCAUCGCCGCUCCCACUUGGCUUUGCAUGUUCCUGUCCACGCUGAUUGUGCCCUAUGGCCUCUUUGUCCAGUGGGCCCAGGGGUACCAUGGCUCCUCCCACAAGACUAUCCGCUCCUUCUUUUUUGGGGCUCUCUUCAUGAUCUUCCAGAUAGUUGGGCUUGGACUUGGACCAACCUAUAUUGCAUUGGCCUAUGAUCUACCACCAGCCUGUCGUUUCAUCGUUAUACUUGAGCAGGUGCGUCAGAUGAUGAAAGCCCAUUCUUUCAUCAGGGAGAAUGUUCCACGAAUAGUCUCCUUUACCUCACACAAGUCAAACACUCUUCAACUUCCUAAAAUGUCCCAGUACUUGUACUUCCUCUUUGCUCCCACCCUUAUUUACAGAGAUGACUAUCCCAGGACUCCCACAACAAGAUGGAGCUAUGUAGCUACCAAGUUUGCACAGAUACUAGGUUCACUCUUCUAUGCUUACUACAUCCUUGUGAGACUCUGUAUUCCUACGUACCGGAACUAUAGUCGGGAGCACUUCAAUAUACGGGGGCUGGUCCUUUGCAUUUUCAACUCCAUUCUUCCAGGCGUUUUGAUUCUACUCCUGAUCUUUUUUUCAUUCCUUCACUGCUGGCAUAAUGCUUUUGCUGAGAUGCUGCGCUUUGCCGACAGAAUGUUCUAUAAGGACUGGUGGAAUUCUACCUCUUACUCAAAUUAUUACCGAACUUGGAAUGUGAUUGUGCAUGACUGGCUCUAUUACUAUGCAUACAGAGACUUCCUUUGGUUCUUUGGGAAAAAAUUCAAAGCCGUCGCCAUGUUAUCCGUCUUCACUCUUUCUGCUGCUGUGCACGAAUAUGUCCUGGCUAUCUGCUUUGGUUACUUCUAUCCAGUCAUGUUCUGCCUCUUCAUGUGUUUUGGAAUGGUUUUCAACUUUAUUCUCCAUGACCGUCGGAAAGGUCCCAUUUGGAAUAUAAUCAUGUGGACUUCCCUCUUCCUCGGCCAGGGUGUCAUUCUUUGCCUCUAUAGCCAGGAGUGGUAUGCGCGUCAGAAUUGCCCUUUGAAAAACCCCACUUUCCUUGAUUAUGUAAAGCCGCGCUCCUGGAGUUGCCACGCUAAGAUCUGAAGUGCUCCGGGAUUUGUCCUUGGGUCAAGCGCAGAAGGCCUUCUUUAAAACAAAAAUAAUAAUAACUUGAACCAGUGAUAUAAAUGACUUGCGCCUUUUUAAAAAGAAAACUGUAGUUUUGACAAAUGUUGGCAUUUUGUCACUCAAGGCAGUGCAGACUGCAGCAGGCUCGACAGGUGGUUCUCAUUCUGUAAGGAGCACCAACCUGAGCCAUUUCCAUGCUGGUCAUGAAACCUGCUGAAAGGUUGGUGUAGCAAAUUCCUGUGAAGAUUUUGGCUGUCGCAAACAGCGCUCUGUGUAUUACUACUUUUCUCUCGUGCUCUCCUGAAAGGGCAGUAUUAUGUGGUCCGGGUUUAGUCUUGCCUGUCUGAGUAUAACAUUCCUUCAGAAUGAUCCUUCAAUAACAGGACAUUUGCACAGUAUUUGUAUGUAUUCGUUUACUUCUUGCUUCAACAUGAUGUACAAUGGAGCCAGGAGUCCAGCUACCUGACCUUCCCCCAAGCACGUGAAAAGGACUCGUGGGAGAGGCUGACGCUUUCUCUCAUUUGCACUGGGCAAUGGAAAAUUUAAGGAAUAGUGGGAGAUACAUUUAGAGUUUCUUAUAUUCCCUGACCCACAGCACAAGUGAGGGCUUGGCUGAAGAGAUACGUGUUCCUAGGUGCCCUACUUGUUCGAGGGCCAUUGUCACCUGCUGUUUGUAUUUAUGGACGCCUAGAGGGAGCAGUAGCCACAGGUUUUACAUCCUUUUCCAAGGAAGUAGCCAUAAUGUAUGCAUACGGUUUUGACUGAUCCAUUCAUAAUGUUUUUGAGCCCACAGCAGACAUUUGUAGAAAUUUUGAAUUGGCCUAGGUUAAAUACAAUCGGUCAACUUCUGACACUGAAUAUUGCUUUGAAGGAUAAUGUUACUGCCUUUAUGAAGAGUGAAUUGUGAAAGCUAUGCCUAACUUUUUUGCUUUGAUGUUUUCAAGCUUUAUUCUUUCUCAUUUUGAAUAAAAACAAUCCUAACUUCAAUGGCUGAAUGUACCUUUUAGGCCUUUCAUCUGUGCAUUUAGGGCUCAUCUACACCAAGCAGGAUAUUCCACUAUGAAAGUGCUGUAUAAAAGGCAGGAGCCACACUACUGUUUUAUAGCAGUAUUGAAGUGCACUGCAGGAUCUACACUACUACUUUAUAGGGGUACUGAAGUGCACUGACAACUGGUGGGGCCCAUGACACAACUAUGCAGGAUAUAACACUAUGAAAGUGGUAUGAAAGCAGUAUAUGGUCUGUGUCAAUGGGCCCCAACAGUUGUCAGUGCACUUCAAUACCGCUAUAAAGCAGUAGUAUGGCUCCUGCAUUUUAUGUAUCGCUUUCAUACCACUUUCAUAGUGGAAUAUCUGCUUGGUGUAGAUGAGCCCUUCGUCUCUUAAAAUAUUGGUAAUAAGUCUUGGCCUUUCCCUACAGUGUUCACUUGUCGUUCGGCAUCUGAUCCAGUAAAACAGGCAGCAUUAUAUUAAGUACUAUGGCAGGCCUGCUACACUGUGAGUAGCUUUCAUUCUCUGUGCCAGGGAUGGCCUGUAGUCUUGUGGGAUACACCACAGAUUCAGACAGUGGCCUGGGAUCUGGAAGCUCGUUUGUGCGUUCAUGGCACCAUUUUCAAUAAUAAAAGUGGGUGCUGCCCGUUGCUGAAGACUGCAGCCCUUCCAUUAAUAGAGCUUGUGUGUUCAGGUUUCCCUGCGAUCCUCUUCUCUCUGGUUUAGGGCCAAACCAAAUGUGACGUUAUUCCCACAACUAGUAAUUGCAUGAUGUUUAUAAAGUAAGCGGUAGUCAGGGAGUCCCUGUUCCAGAUCAGGCCUGUGAUGAUCUUUACACUUUGUCACGCUGUGGUCCCGAUCUGGAUCACUGCUAUUUGCAACGUGAUGUGUUCUACCUUGGUGAUGACUCAAAAGGGCUAUCAGCUAUGUGUGGGCCUGAUCCAGCCCAUGCCCUGCCAUUCGGUCAUCCCUCCACUUUAUCCUAUUAGUAUAUGUUCAGUAUUACAUUUUUAUAAACAGCUAGGGAGUGCUGUCCUGUGUUGCACAUCCAACGUUAGGUGUGGGUAUUCCUCAUUCACAGUUACUGCAGUGAUCUGGAGUAGUGAAUGUGAUUUGUAUUGAAGCCCAUUAGAAGAGACCAUGCCAUUGUGACUUGCAGUAUCACGAUAUUCAUGGUUGGUAGCUGUGGCCUAUAGAACUGAUUGAGUCUGCUGUUGACUGUUCCUUGGCCAUGCAGGCCUCAAUGAAGCCUGGCUGAGUAGCCAGCCUACAGCCUUUAAUAUAGAAUCAUAGAAUAUAUUUCAUGCUUAUACUGCAGGAAAGAAGUGGUGUAUGUUCGUUUUAAUCACUAGAGUUAUAUGAUCCAAGUGCAGAGCAACAAGCUGCGAGUUCGAGAAAGAAGCAGUUUAGGAACAAUGAAAGCAUUCCAAAACAACUUCGUUAUCUUGUGGUUUUAAUUUUUGUGAACCGCCCAGAGAGCUUCGGCUAUUGGGCGGUAUAAAAAUGUAAUAAAUAAAUAAAUAAAUAAAUAAAUAAAUAAAUAAAUAAAUAAAAUCUUAAAGGCCUCUCCCCACCCCCACCCCGCCCGUCCCUCACCAAAUUUCAAACCUCUCUGAUCACUUCUGUAUUUGUUAGAAGAUGCCAAUCUGAAAUAAAGUUUAAUAACGCAAACAUUGUUUAACAAAGAUUCACUGACCAUGAUUCUAAAGGCUGUUCACCUGUAGUUGCAGUUUCUGUGUCAAGGAGGUGAAAUUUAACUAGUAGCACCUAGUCACUGUGAUGGGAAUAAUAGGAUUCUUUUCCUGGAACACUACAAACUGCAUAUGUGCAGCUUUGUAGAACUGAAAAGUCUGCUUUGUGCUUGUGUGUGUUAGUCAUUUAUGGAGGUACAGUAUUUGUGUUUAUAAGAUGGUCUCUGAUCCAUCCAAAGAAUUUUCAUACAUCCUGUCCUUUUCUGCUGCUUGUUUAAACAAAGCCACUUGAACCUCUAACUUUAGAAUAAAAUUUAAUAACUUAUCAAAUAAAUCCCGUUUUCUCUGUGGAAUACUUGUACUAUUUUUAAGGGGAGAAAAAAAGGGAACAUUAACAUACUAAUUUUAAUCAGCACCAUGUCUUGGCUUUGAAUUUCUGAAUGUAAGCUGUUAAGGGGCAGGGCAACUGUAAUAUCUGAAUAAAAAUAUACCUUUUGUACUAGAGAUCUGUAUAGCUCCAUCGGCUGCAAGGCAUUCUGUUAGCUUGAGUAGCGGUUGAUAAGGCUGCUGGAAUUUUCCACAAACCAGGAGGAUAUAACUUCCCUUUUGCUCAGAAAAACUUGCAGAGAUGCCAAUGAAAAGAGGAAAUGAAGCUGCACUUGACAUUGGAACAGCAUCAGGUGUCUUGCAGCUUCUGUAAUAUACUACAAGAUAGAGAAGAUUGUGGAAAAGUUGAUGAUUUUGGGUAAUGUAAUUCUGUAAACUGGUUUUAAAAUGUACUGAACUGUCUGUUGUGACUUGUUCUGUCAUGUGCAAAGGUUUAUAUAAUCUAUACUGUACUACAGAAAUUGAAAUAUAUUUUGCUAUCUAUGAAA